GGGAGUUAUCUUUUGGCUUGUUAACACUGAUGGUUGGGGUCUAUGCAGUCACGGGGAGAGCCACAUCUUGUACCUGCAGUCCUGUGACUGACUCUCCCGUGUCAGUCGGUGCAGUCCUGGUUUGGAAGAACAGGAGUCAAGCAUGACUUGAAGUCUGCCAGGUCCUCCUUCACUUGCAGUGGUAAAGUGAGCAAGGGACUAAAGGGGAACUGACCGACUGAAUGAGGGGACACACCUGCUGCUCUGUGGGAACAAGAGCUCAACUGGCCCUGUGUGAGCUUGAAGUUGUCAGAGGGGUUAAUCAGCUAAAAGGAGUCCAGCUUCUAUUACCAGCCCCCAGUACAAGCUGGGGCCUCACUGAGCUGGUGGUGCCUGGUCGGGCCAGUCACUCCUUGUCUGAUCUUGCUGAUCCUCUAGGUUCAUUCUGUCAGACUUAGGAGAGCCUCUCCUGGGGAUAAAGACAAGAUGUUCUGUCCCUUACUAAGUGAUUCAUGUGUGCCAGCCUUUGUCCCCAGGGUCCCUCCUCUGCCAGCCCCCAGUAUAGCACAUCUGCCUUGUGGUCUCAACCUUUCCCAUUUCCCACCUGAAGCAACCAAGGCCAUACUGUUGACUCAGAGGUUCCAGACAGCUAGCUAUUCCUGCCUCUGUAAGCUCUGCACUGCUGUAUGCUUGGACUUUGUGCACAGUCGCGUGGAGGAUAGGGUGAAAAGGAUGCUGGGAAUAGUAUGGGCUGUAGAGCUGGCAGCUCCCUCCUAAGGGAGACACGUAGGUGUAACACGAUCAGAUAGGAGCAUGGGCCAAGGACUAAGAAUAGAAUUGAGCUUAAGCUUGUGGCUCAGGUGGGAACACAGGAAUGCCAGCCAUGAAGUUAUCAGCCAGAGCUAGAGAAGGGAGCUAGGCUGGAGGAGUGGAGCCCAGGGUUACCAAAGAAGGGCAAAGUCCAGAUGGGAUCAUAGCAGUUCAUAGGAGGCAACAUGUGUAGAAAAGGGCAAGGAUCAGGCCCCAGUGUGCUUGGGACCUGAGCCAGAGAGUAAGCUCUGGGCUUGGAGGAAGCCCUACUGGGCCUCAUGGCCUUCCUGGUGUCUGGGACCCUGCAGACGGCUGCACAGUUGGCAGAUGCUUGGGACAGCUUGGGAAGAAAGGGAAAAUACAGGGUGCGUGGUUCAAGGGUAGCCUUGGUACUCAGCAGUCCCGGGGUGUCUGCGGCUGCAGCUGCUGCCCUGGAUGGUGUGUUCCAGGCUCUGGGCUUUGAAAACUGUGAGAAGAGGAGGGUCUCAGUCCAGAGCUUCCACGAGGAGCUGAGUUUGUUCCGGGAGCAGCUGGGUAUCCAGAGGGGUGCUGUGGGGUGUGCCCUUGUGGUCUUGAUGGCCCCCAGUGGGCAACUGAGGCGGCCACAGCUGCUGGUUGAGGAGCUGAGUCGCUGUGGGGCUCUUCAGGGUUGCCCCAAAAUCUUCCUGUUGUUCUCUAGUGGCCUCAAGGCUACCUGGGAGCCUGAAGCUUUCCUCACGGGUCUGGGGGAAAUCUGCAGCCAUCGUCCUCACUGGUCACUGCUGCAGCUGCUGACAGAGCUCUUUUGCAGAGUAGCUGAAGAGUCUGCUGGGGAUACCUACUGCCCAUUCUUUAGGACCUCCUUGCGGGGGACCCUGUGUUUGGGAGAUGUGGAGCCCUGGGGGCCAGAGGUGAGAGACUCCAGACCAAGUGCACAGUAUGACCUGUCUGGGACCAGGGUCGCCCUCCUACUGGCUGUGAUUCAAGACCGGCUCGGGGCACAGCAUGAUGUGGCAGCACUGGUGGACCUGUGCCAGGCCUUAGGCUUCAAGGUCACCUUGAGGACAGACCCUACGGCUCAGGCAUUCCGGGAGGAGCUGGUUCGGUUCCGGGAAAAGCUGGACGCUCACAAGGGCCCUGUGAGCUGUGCCCUGCUGGCCCUGAUGGCCCACGGGGGGCCACAAGGGCAGUUGCUGGGGGUUGAUGGGCAAGAAGUACAGUCCGAGAUGUUGGUCCAGGAGCUGAACUGCUGCCAGGCACUGCGUGGCCGCCCCAAGGUCUUCCUGCUUCAGGCCUGCCGUGGGGGGAACAGGGACCCUGGUGUGGGGCCAAGAGCUCUCCCAUGGUACAGGCACUGGCUGCGAGCACCCCCAGGUAUCCCUACCCAGGCAGAUGUUCUCCAGGUUCAUGUUGAUGCCCCAGGGAGCACCGGCCAAGCAGACAUCCUUACUGUCUACUCAGCUGCUGAGGGCUGUGUGGCCUAUCGGGACGAAGAAAAGGGCUCAGACUUUGUCCAGAUGCUGGUGGAGGUCAUGAGAGCCAACCCAGGAGGAGAUCUCAUUGAGCUGCUGACUGAGGUCAACAGGAGGGUGUGUGAACUGGACGUGCUGGGGCCAGACAGUGAUGAGCGGCGCAAGGCAUGCUUGGAGAUCCGCAGCUCGCUCCGGCGCCGGCUCUGUUUAUAGGAUUGGCAGUCCGGCUACUUCCGCUCCAUCCUCCUUCAGCGCUCUGUCAGCGUUGCAGCACCUUGGGUGUGGGAGCUCAGAAGCGUGCAAUAAAGAACUGCUGUGCUCCGGGAAA